AUGGUGAAGUGCUUGCUCAAUGACUAUGAAUGUGAAAUGUUAUGGGACACUGGUGCCCAGGUUUCAAUAAUAUCAGUCGACUCUGUCCAAAGAUGCUUAGGACAAGUAGCCAUUAGACAGUUGUCAGAACUCUUGGAGACAAGCCUUAGCCUAACAGCAGUGAAUGGGUCUCAAAUACCCUACAUUGGGUGGGUGGAAGCCAGAGUUAUGCUAACUCCUCCUGGUAGUGAUAGCAAUCAAGAGGAACUGUUAGUGCCUUUUCUAGUGACAUCAGAAAAGUUGGACUGUCCCAUUUUGGGAUACAAUGUCAUUGAAGAGUUAGUAAGUCAGGACCAGAAUCCAAACCCAACAAUUUACAAGAGUUUCCCUGGAACAGAUAAGACAAAAGUAGAUGCCUUGGUAAAUUUCAUUCAGAGUUCAAGUUCAGAUGCCAUUUGUAAAGUGAGGACGGAAGGAGAGAUGUGGUGA